AGCCAUAUAAUACUAGCGAAGAGGCUAUCUUACUAGAGAAAACUGUCUAUAUAAGCGGGAAUUCCAUCAAUCCAGUCAGGUAUAAUGCAGGAGAUUGUAGUUACAAAAAGUGGUACAGCCUGAGAAAAUAUACUCCAUCUAACUAAAAAGCUGAGGACCGAGGGGUGAACAAUUUCUGGCUCACAUUUCGGUAAAUCUCUGCAGAAUGUCAUCACCUUCGAGAGAACAACUCUUAGGGACUGCCAAGCUCUUCAUAGAGGCGUUCAACGAGUUCACACCUGAAUCAGUCGUGCGAUACCGCAGUCCUACAUGUACGCAUCGACUAGUUCCGGCAACCCUAAACUCGCCGCCACAAAGCAAUACCGAGUACGCAGGCCUCAUAGCAGCGCUAACAACCAUUAUGCCGACGUUCCAUCUCCGAAUCGUUGAUGGAGGAGAACCGGUGGUAGACGAAGUCACUCGUAAGGUCGUAUUGCAUUUGAAGUCGAGGUCCGAAACGGCCGUUGGGCUAUAUGAGAAUGAGUAUGUUUGGAUGUUGACAUUGAGCAAGGAUGGUAAACUCGUGGACGAUAUUUUGGAAUUUGCGGAUAGUUUAUAUACAAGUGAUCAAUUACCAAAGCUGAAGAAAGCGGUCGAGGACGCAGUUAAGAAGUGAGGAUAGAUCUUAGUUAGACCAUCAAGGCGAAUAGAGGGAGUUUGAGAAAUGAGGAGUACCGUCACCGAGAGUCCAACUUAAAGCUUCCAAUUUUCUAGAUCUAUUAGGUCCUUA